UGAAUGUCAUUUUAUUUCAAUUAAGUGACAUGACACAUGUGGUAAGAAUUUAAGGGCAAAAGGUACAAGAGCGAGAGGUCCCGGGUUCGAGUUCCGCUUCUAACAUUUUUUCUUUUUUACUUUGUUUCUAACUAUAGUUUUAAUAUUACUUUCAUUCAUAUUUAAAAUCACAAAAAAUCAUUUUUUAUCAUUUUUAUUUUAAUUUUCGCACAAAUUAAAUGGGCAUUUUUAAAAAUGGUCAAUUUUCACUUUUAGGCAUUUUUUAGUUAAAAAAAUCACCAAAAAUUAUGAAAUAUUCAAAAAAUUCAAAAAGGAAACUUUUAAUUUUAUUUGUUCUAUUUUUGACACUUUUUACAACUUGGGGAGCAAGUAAUUAUUUUCUGAUUAAUUAUUUGGAUCCCAAUUAAUUUUUUACUUAUUUUAUUUAACCUAAUUGUGUCUUAUAUAUACACCAACAAUUGACUUUCUCUUUUUUGGGGGUACGACAACUAACCCUUAUUUCUCCACCACCAUCCUAUUUUUCAGAAAAUGGUAGAUGUCGAAGAAGGCCAGAACAAGCGGAAAGAAACAAGAUUCAUAAGGAAUCGGAGAAAAAUCCAGCGGCAAAAUCAUAGAGAAAAAGACUGAGAGAAAAUUCACAUAAAAUUUUUCUUUACACUAUCAAAUUACAAUUUGUCCUUUCAAUCUUCAAUACAACAAUAACCAUGUUUAUUCUUUUGUUUUCAACAGACAGGAAGUGAAGUUAGAGUCUGAUAUUUACCCACAGUUUUGGUGUUCCACUCGCUGAAAGUCUAAAAAGAAAAAGCAAAGGGAAAUUAGCUUUCGAUCAAGACCACCGCACACCCCCACCGCAAACGACGAACCGCCGCGGGAUCUCUCCAAUCACAGCGCUUCAGCUUCAACAAAACAACUCAGAGGCGUACACCGACCACUUCCGAUUUGAAUCCAACGCCUCACGGAUCUCCGACGUUACAAUAUCAACAUCAUCGCCGUCUCCUAUCUUCCGCCGCCGGCAUAGAGCACUUAAACAACAACUCGGAGCCGCCUACAAGUCUGACGGUGCAUUCACCCCUCCGAUCGAAGCCCCACCGCGAGUCCGCCGCUUCGCUGCGCGCAACCACCGCAUCGAACGUCAAAAACACCAACUCCGAUCGGAACACCUCUACAACCGCCACCAAAUCCAAUCGCCGGCACUAGAAAGGUUAGAUUCUCUUUGUUGUACUCUUCAUGGUAGAAUUGAUGAUUGUUAUUUCAAGAUAAACUUGGUUUGUUGUUUGAUUUUGAGAACAAUGCAGAGAAAGAUUGAGAUGAGGAAAGGAUGAUUUUGCAUUCUUAUUACGUCCUCAUCUUUGACAUAUGCACUAUUAAUUAUUAUUUUUAUUUUAUUUUUAAAACCAAGGCUGCCACGUGUCAUGCUUACAUUGGUGUAAGUUAAAAUUGACAAUUCAAUACAAAGUUUGGUUUGUUACAGACUGAAAAUGCAACUGCUACGUUACGUAUACGUAACUUUCUAUCAUUACUGUUAUUUUUUUAUUUUAUACUAACUUUAAUGUCAUUAUUUUAUUUUUUAAGUAAUGUUUUGUUUAUUUGAUUUAUUAUUUGAUUUAUAUGCUUAAUUUAGUUUAUAGAAUCAUUAUUUAAAAAUAAAAAUCUAAAAAAGAUGUAUUUUAUUUAAUUAGUUUAAUAAUAUAAAAACACAAAAGUAUUUUAUUAGUUUAGAUUAGAUCUAUUAAAUUUUGUUCCUCAUAUAAAAAUACAAAAAAUAUUUAAUUUUAUUUUAGAAUUUAAUUGUCACAUAUACUCUUUCUACCCUUGUCUUGUUUUUGCGAGGUACUACCAUCGUGAGCAUCGAAUUGUUUUGUACAUUCAUAGCUUGCGCACGCAUGCAUGGAUUAAUCAAGAUUCUCCGACUGCCAACCAUAUUAGAUCAAAUCAAAAGCUAAGUGUUCUUUUCUAUUUUAAAUAUUUUGUUUAUUUUAUUCUAUUUUAUUUAUUAAAUUAGGGUUAACCCUAAUUGACAUUUGAACCGUAAUGCACUCACCCUAUUUUUUGUUUGUUAUUUUUCCACCUUUUCAGGGUUUGCCAAUUGUCAAAGCCUCGAGUAUCGCAUCAUGGACCUUGAACAAUCUGUCAAAAAUCUCCAAGCUCAGAACGACCAAUUCCAAGAGAUGAUCUUUAACUUGGCCAAGGGGCAAGAAGAACUAAAGGCACUUCUGACCGAGAAGGAGAAGGACCAACAAAGGGAGCAAGGUGUGCAAGAUAAUCAGAGAUCCAAGCCUAAGAGGUCCUUUACUCCAUUACAUAUACCGCUGUCUCAAGUUCUCCAACAACUGCUCAAUCAGAACUUGAUAACUCUGUUACCUCCAUAUUCAUUUCCUACCAAUCCCACUCCUGGGUAUAAGUACCAUGCGAGAUGUGCUUAUCAUUCGAAUAGUCCUGGUCAUGAUACAAAGGAUUGUUGGCAAUUGAAACACAAGAUUCAAGACUUAAUUGAUGAAAAGGUCGUUGACUUCAACUCACCUGAGGAACCUCACUUGACUAAUGUUGUGCGCAAUCGGAAAGGUCGCAAUGAACGCAACCAAUCUGUGAGGACAAUUCUGAUCUCUACACCAGCUCCACAACAAAGACGCAAGUCCGAUGCACCUAGGCGUCAGUUCACAGAGAUCAACAUGUCGUUGGCUCAGGCAUUACAACAUUUGUUGAAAGCAAACUUGAUUACUGUGAGGGAUCCUCCUAUAAAGCCCAACACUUCCUCUCCUAACUAUAAACCCAAUGCGAGGUGCGCAUAUCAUUCCAAUAGCCCUGGACACGAUACGAAUGAUUGUUGGUCGUUGAAGAACAAGAUCCAAGAUAUGAUCGAUGCUGGUGAAAUUGAAUUCCCUCAUCCCAAGACUCCUGUAGUGAUCACUACUCCCAGGCACAAUCACGACAAGACUGAUUAAUGUUUAAAGUGGAUGAGCUUUUAAUCACUAGCUUUACUUUCAUUUGCAAUUUCUAUUCUGUUUGUUUAAACAUUCGAAUUAUGAUAGACAUUAUCUAUUUUAAUAAUCAUCAUCAGUGCAUUGCAUAUGUUUGUCUUGAAUAAAUUAUUUCGCUAUCACUCAUUUUAAAUUAUGUCUUUACUUUGCAUAUGUUUUGUGAUAUUCAACUCCUGCUAAAGUUGUAUACCUUUUAAGGGAGGAUGACGAAAACGAUACCGCAACCUUAUACAGUAUGCUUUUGAACGGACUAUGUUGACGAUGUACAGGCAUUGUUUCAAUUCCUAAACAGUGGAGAUAUAAGGAUGUUAAUCCCUCGUUAACCCCUUUGAGCCUAAGAAGUAGAAGUUUCUUUCUUGUGCUAAUUAAAACCCUUGAUCAUAACCUGGGGCAGGGUAGUUCUCAGUUAAUUUGGUUGUGCAUUCUAUUUUAAAAGAAUCAUUCAGUACACCUUUCAACAAAGGUUUCAAUCGCAAGCGUUCAUCCGUACACAUCAAAGAAGUGUUAGAGAGGUCAAUCAAAAGCCAAUGAUGUUUUAUCAAUCACUAAGCAAGGCAGUCAAUAUCUUUCAAAAGAGAAAAAUGAAAAAACAUAUAUACAAAGAAAAGCCUGCUAAGCAAAAAAAUCAAAAGAUGACUUAGGCAAAAAAUCAAGGCAUCUCGCUGACUGUAAGCUCAAAAUAGACAGUUCAGGCAAAAGUUAGGGAUAUCAAAAAGAUGGAAAAAAAAAGAAGUCAAUAAAUUCUUGAACAACUCAAAGUUGUGACUACCAAAAGGAAGAAGUGACUGUCAUCUCAAAAGUUCUCUCUGCUUGUGAACCAUCAUCAUUAUCAAAGGUGCAAAUCCAAAAGUCUCUGGGAACCUGAAUGCAUAAGUUGAAUCAACUGAGCUUAGGAUUGAAGAUCAUCACGAAGAGGGGUGGGUACAAUCAAAUUUUGAGCCUUUAUCCUUUGUUUCUUAAACCGUGAACCAAGCCACGUUACAACCCUUGAAAGUCCUAAUUGAAGCAUGGUUAGUUCGAAAGCGUACUGUCACCGAAAGGUAUCCCGACUCCUUAAGGUUUAUUACAAAUGUUAAGUUGAUAUCCUGUUUUUUACAAACAUCACGUUUUUAUAAAUAUCAUGAUUUUACAUCUCCAGUUUUAAUGUAUUUCAAAAACUCAAGGCAGACGUAUGCAUUGUAUCUCAUGAAUUCAUUAUUAAACAUAUUCUGCUACAUAAUUUCAAUGUUAGCGUCAGAAUAAAUUUGCACAGGGUAUGGCUAAUGACUGAAAGUUAUCCCGACAGACAAGAUUACUCCGAGAAGCAAUGUCUCCUACAUAUACAAGGGGCAUGGCACGCUUUGCCCAAUCAAUCUGGGGAAAUCAAGUCAAGAUUCGAAGAAUCUCUCAAAUGCCAAAGUGUCAAAGGCAUAUAUCCCAAGUGGAUUUCAAACUAUUUCCCGAUCAAUCUGGGGCAAUCAAGUCAAGGUUCUAAGAAUCUCUCAAGGAUGUCAAAAACAAUCAGGGGCAUGCAUCCAAGUAGAUCUGAAGCUACUUCCCAACCAACAUGGGAUAUUGUCUUUGGCCUAUGAUUACUAGGGGCAUUUCGCCCAUAGUGCACGUCUCAUAAAGUCCUCGCGGGGCGAAUCUUUUCAAAGUCUCUACUAGCGGGGGCAAAUCUAUGCAAGUCCAGCUUGACAUCUUUAUCAAAUACUCAGUGGCGUGUCCUAAUCAAAUCCAGGAAUGGUAGUUACUAUAAUACUGGGGGCAAUGUUCAGGGCAUCCAUGCCUUCCCACAAUUCCAACUUCACAAUAUCAUAUCCCAUCAGAGCAAUCCUCAAGAAAAUAUCUUCAAACUUACUCGUCCCGACAAAGACAUGACUCCCCAACAGAGUUUACAUCUUCAACAUUACCGGUUCUCCAACACUUUUCUCUUCUCCAACAUGGUUUCCCUUUAUCCCCAAUCAGGGAAUAUCAAGUUACUGAUCAUCCCCAAGCAGAAAUUAUAAAUCCCCAGCUAAGCAUCUUCAAGACGAAAUCAAACAUCAAAAACACAAAGACCUGGAGAUUUAUUUUCUCGACGAAGAUAACAUAAAUCAUAUUCGCAUACCACAUGACACAAACAUACAUCGCAUACAUCACUGCAUAACAAAUCCAUAACAUAUGAAGUUUCUCAUUUAUUUUGAGAUACUCAUUACAUAAACACAUGCAUCAUGACAUAAGAAAACUAACCUCUACUUUUCAGGAUACUACUACCUCUAUUUUCAAGUAUUAAGUCGACACCUUUGACGGUUCCUUAAUAUAUCGAGAGUUAAGUCGAUACCUUUGACGGUUCCUUAACAACCCACAUCAAGAGUUAAGUCGACACCUUUGACGGUUCCUUAACGACAUACUUCAGAUAUAAGUCGACACCUUUGACGGUUCCUUAUAUAAUCUAUCUACAUAUCUGAGUCGAUACCUUUGACGGUGCCUCAAUGAUAUGCUUCAGAGUUAAGUCGAUACCUUUGACGGUUCCUUAACAACCCACAUCAAGAGUUAAGUCGACACCUUUGACGGUUCCUUAACGACAUACUUCAGAUAUAAGUCGACACCUUUGAUGGUUCCUUAUACAAUCUAUCUACAUAUCUGAGUCGAUACCUUUGACGGUGCCUCAAUGAUAUGCUUCAGAGUUAAGUCGAUACCUUUGACGGUUCAUUAACAACCCACAUCAAGAGUUAAGUCGACACCUUUGACGGUUCCUUAACGACAUACUUCAGAUAUAAGUCGACACCUUUGACGGUUCCUUAUACAAUCUAUCCGCAUAUCUGAGUCGAUACCUUUGACGGUGCCUCAACAAUAUGCUUCGAAUGUAAGUCGAUACCUUUGACGGUUCCUUAAAUAACCCAACACAGAUUUGAGUCGAUACCUUUGACGGUUCCUCAACAUUCAAAAGAGGGAAGACAGCAAAAGCAGAAAUUGCGUAACAAUCUAUGCUCCAACAGCUAUCAGAUGGCAUCUACAAGCCCAUCUCCGACAAAAGUCCCUACUUCAAAUAGGGCAAAUUUCUUGGUAUUCUAGUGUUCAAUCACCUUCUACCUUCAGAUUCCGAUAGGCACACAUGCCAGUCUACAUCUUCAGAUAUAAGAAGAUUGAACAGGGGCAGCUGUCAUACCCCAAAAUUUGCCCUCACAUAAUUAUGAAUGUCAUUUUAUUUCAAUUAAGUGACAUGACACAUGUGGUAAGAAUUUAAGGGCAAAAGGUACAAGAGCGAGAGGUCCCGGGUUCGAGUUCCGCUUCUAACAUUUUUUCUUUUUUACUUUGUUUCUAACUAUAGUUUUAAUAUUACUUUCAUUCAUAUUUAAAAUCACAAAAAAUCAUUUUUUAUCAUUUUUAUUUUAAUUUUCGCACAAAUUAAAUGGGCAUUUUUAAAAAUGGUCAAUUUUCACUUUUAGGCAUUUUUUAGUUAAAAAAAUCACCAAAAAUUAUGAAAUAUUCAAAAAAUUCAAAAAGGAAACUUUUAAUUUUAUUUGUUCUAUUUUUGACACUUUUUACAACUUGGGGAGCAAGUAAUUAUUUUCUGAUUAAUUAUUUGGAUCCCAAUUAAUUUUUUACUUAUUUUAUUUAACCUAAUUGUGUCUUAUAUAUACACCAACAAUUGACUUUCUCUUUUUUGGGGGUACGACAACUAACCCUUAUUUCUCCACCACCAUCCUAUUUUUCAGAAAAUGGUAGAUGUCGAAGAAGGCCAGAACAAGCGGAAAGAAACAAGAUUCAUAAGGAAUCGGAGAAAAAUCCAACGGCAAAAUCAUAGAGAAAAAGACUGAGAGAAAAUUCACAUAAAAUUUUUCUUUACACUAUCAAAUUACAAUUUGUCCUUUCAAUCUUCAAUACAACAAUAACCAUGUUUAUUCUUUUGUUUUCAACAGACAGGAAGUGAAGUUAGAGUCUGAUAUUUACCCACAGUUUUGGUGUUCCACUCGCUGAAAGUCUAAAAAGAAAAAGCAAAGGGAAAUUAGCUUUCGAUCAAGACCACCGCACACCCCCACCGCAAACGACGAACCGCCGCGGGAUCUCUCCAAUCACAGCGCUUCAGCUUCAACAAAACAACUCAGAGGCGUACACCGACCACUUCCGAUUUGAAUCCAACGCCUCACGGAUCUCCGACGUUACAAUAUCAACAUCAUCGCCGUCUCCUAUCUUCCGCCGCCGGCAUAGAGCACUUAAACAACAACUCGGAGCCGCCUACAAGUCUGACGGUGCAUUCACCCCUCCGAUCGAAGCCCCACCGCGAGUCCGCCGCUUCGCUGCGCGCAACCACCGCAUCGAACGUCAAAAACACCAACUCCGAUCGGAACACCUCUACAACCGCCACCAAAUCCAAUCGCCGGCACUAGAAAGGUUAGAUUCUCUUUGUUGUACUCUUCAUGGUAGAAUUGAUGAUUGUUAUUUCAAGAUAAACUUGGUUUUUUGUUUGAUUUUGAGAACAAUGCAGAGAAAGAUUGAGAUGAGGAAAGGAUGAUUUUGCAUUCUUAUUACGUCCUCAUCUUUGACAUAUGCACUAUUAAUUAUUAUUUUUAUUUUAUUUUUAAAACCAAGGCUGCCACGUGUCAUGCUUAUAUUGGUGUAAGUUAAAAUUGACAAUUCAAUACAAAGUUUGGUUUGUUACAGACUGAAAAUGCAACUGCUACGUUACGUAUACGUAACUUUCUAUCUUUACUGUUAUUUUUUUAUUUUAUACUAACUUUAAUGUCAUUAUUUUAUUUUUUAAGUAAUGUUUUGUUUAUUUGAUUUAUUAUUUGAUUUAUAUGCUUAAUUUAGUUUAUAGAAUCAUUAUUUAAAAAUAAAAAUCUAAAAAAGAUGUAUUUUAUUUAAUUAGUUUAAUAAUAUAAAAACACAAAAGUAUUUUAUUAGUUUAGAUUCGAUCUAUUAAAUUUUGUUCCUCAUAUAAAAAUACAAAAAAUAUUUAAUUUUAUUUUAGAAUUUAAUUGUCACAUAUACUCUUUCUACCCUUGUCUUGUUUUUGCGAGGUACUACCAUCGUGAGCAUCGAAUUGUUUUGUACAUUCAUAGCUUGCGCACGCAUGCAUGGAUUAAUCAAGAUUCUCCGACUGCCAACCAUAUUAGAUCAAAUCAAAAGCUAAGUGUUCUUUUCUAUUUUAAAUAUUUUGUUUAUUUUAUUCUAUUUUAUUUAUUAAAUUAGGGUUAACCCUAAUUGACAUUUGAACCGUAAUGCACUCACCCUAUUUUUUGUUUGUUAUUUUUCCACCUUUUCAGGGUUUGCCAAUUGUCAAAGCCUCGAGUAUCGGUAAUGGCUCCCGCUACCAGAGAUUAUAUCCGGAUCAACAUCUUGACAGUACCAUCUGAACUUAAGGACUUAAUAUCAGAAUUUCCCAGAAAUGCUCAAUUCACCGAAAAGCACGGUCACCUACUCCAUUUGGUUACCUCAAAAUUUGAAGAAGACAUGAUACGGGUCCUGUUCCAGUUCUUUGAUCCCGAACAUCAUUGUUUUACAUUUCCUGAUUACCAGUUGGUACCUACUUUGGAAGAAUUCUCUGAACUGAUUGGGUUACCUGUUCGAGAUCAAUUACCUUUCACUGGUUUAGAAAAGAUUCCAAAACCUGAAAUCAUUGUUGCUGCCUUACAUUUGCAAAAGUCAGAAAUCGAGUCCAAUUGGGAAACAAAGAGUGGAGUCAAGGGUUUGCUUGCUAAGUUCUUAAUGGAAAAGGCUCGAUUACUACUAAAAAACAGAAGUUACCUAGCUUUUAAGGAAGUUGUGGCUCUUUUGAUCUAUGGGUUGGUUUUAUUCCCUAAUCCCGACCAGUUCAUAAGUAUACACAUUAUCAACAUUUUCUUAACCCGCAACCCGGUACCUACCUUGCUGGGAGACAUACUACAUUCUUUACACACUCGUACAAUGAAAAAAACGAGGAACUCUUAUGUUCUGUGUACCACUACUGGCUAGAUGGUUUACAUUACACCUUCCCCGAUCAGUGUUAAGAAAUGAACAAAGGAUGCAAUGGUCUCGCAGGAUUAUGUCUUUGUCUCAUUCAGAUAUCCGGUGGAACAACUUCUUUCAAAGAGACAUUACUAUCAUUGACCAUUGUGGAGAGUACCCUAAUGUGCCACUCCUUGGCAUCAAGGGAGGCAUCACUUACAACCCCUCUUUAGCUUUGCGCCAAUUUGGAUAUGCGCGAAGAAACGGCCCUCAUGACAUGAUUAUCCGUGGCAUUGUGUUCGACUACGAAGAUGAUUCCCAAAGAUAUCGAUGAAGGUUUAUACGUGCUUGGGGCAGUGUCUACAAAGUAGAAAGCAAAACUUUAGGACAAUGGAACUCUAUUCCUAUGGAGCCUUACCUCAGAUGGGUGCGUGCUCAUGCUCAGAAGUUCAUCAUGCCAUAUCCUGCUAUUCUACCUAUGACUAUUGAGCCAGAAGUCGAAGGGGACGAACCUCGAGUUGUUCUACAGCCGGACAUGCCAACUGACCUGGAAGAGCUGCAGGAAUCUUGGGUUCAACUAAGAGAAGAAAGAGACACCUUCAAAGCACACUGUCAAGACUAUGAGAGGAAAGUGUUGGAGCUCACCAGACAACUCCAGGAAGAACAGCAGAUCAACACAUUCCUAGGUGCAAAGAGAAAGCGUCCAUGGGAGGCUUGAGGAAUCCUUUAUUUUCUUUAUUUUGUAAAGCCCGAAUGAGGCAAAGAAAAAAAAAGAAAAAGAAAAGAAAAGAAAAAAAAAAGAAGUAAAUUGUUUGAAUAAUAAAUGUUUGUUUCUCUUUUUUAACAAAUCUAAAUUCUAAGAUCCUUGAAAACAUUGCAUAUGCAUUUCAUCCAUAAAUAUUGCAUAACAGGUUCACAUGAUGGGUUUCUCAUCUCCUCGCUGUUUAUUUCAGUUAGAAGAGAUGGAUUCCGAAACAAUCGUCAAGAAUCUCGAAGCACAGAACGCCCAAGUUCAGGUAGCAAUUCUGGAGCUAGCAAAGGGGCAACAAGAACUGAAAGCCCUGAUAAUCAAAAAGAAAAAGAAGCCCAAAGGAUCUGCAGACUUAAGUCACCUUGCAAGGAAGGUCAAAAUCCCAUUCAAAAGGCCCAAAAAGGCAUUGAUCCCUAAAAUAGUCGGUGAAGGUGAUCGAGAAGACAAUCACAGCAACUAGGGUUCUGCCAAACCCUCCCUCUCUUCUAACGAAGAAGAUUAUCAUUCUGAAGACGAACAGGGUGAUGACAAAUACCAGCAGUUGGAAGAACGCAUGAAAGCUAUGGAGAUACAAAAAAUACCUGGUUUAGACUUCAAUGACCUUGGGUUAGUCUCAGAUAUUGUUAUCCCUCCAAAAUUCAAAGUUCCUGUCUUUGCAAAGUAUGAUGGAGUUUCUUGCCCAAAACUGCAUCUGAGGUCCUAUGUAAGGAAGAUACUACCUCAUACAACAGAUAACAAAUUGUGGAUUCAUUUCUUCCAGGAAAGUAUGUCGGGUACACAACUCGAGUGGUACUACCAACUGGAAAGUACAAAAGUUCACACCUGGGAAGAUUUGGCUGCUGCUUUCUACAAACAGUAUCAAUACAACGCUGACCUCGCACCAACCCGUACUCAACUACGAGGCAUGUCUAUGGCACCAAAAGAAAGUUUCAAAGGGUAUGCACAAAAGUGGAGAGAUCUGGCUGGAAGGGUUCAACCACCCUUAUCUGAUCGCGAGCUAGUCGACAUGUUCAUGGGCACUUUAACUGGCCCUUUCUACAGUCAUUUACUGGGAAGCUCAUCAUCAGGUUUCACUGACUUGAUAUUAACUGGAGAGCGUGUUGAAAGCGGUAUUCAAAGUGGAAAAAUCCAAAUAGGCUCCUCCUCUGGUACUACAAAGUGGCCCAUCAGUGGGAGAAAUGAAGUCAAUACAAUGCAUAGUCAGAAAGGUCGCAAAAAUGAGCAUUACCAAUCUGUAGGGGCUGUUCUGAUCUCUGCAUCCACAUCUCAAAAAGAUCAACCACCGAAAUAUACGCGUCGACCAGAUGCACCAAGAAGAAACUUCACCAGAAUCAAUAUGCCAAUCUCUCAAGCAUUGCAGCAUUUGUUAAAAGCAGAUCUGAUCACAUUGAAAGAUCUUCCAAAGAAUGUCAACACUUCCUCUCCGAGUUAUCGCCCCGAUGCAACAUGUGCAUACCAUUCUAACUGUCCAGGACAUGACGCAGAUCACUGUUGGACCCUGAAAAAUAAAAUACAAGACAUGAUAGAUGCUGGGGAAAUUGAGUUCGAUCCUCCAGAGACUCCAAAUGUCAUCACUACACCUAUGCCGAAACACGAUAAGACGGUUAAUGCUAUCAUAGACACUGUUUAUAUCUAUGAUGUGAGAGAAUUGUCAACUCCGCUCCUUGAAGUCAAAAGAAAGCUAAUACGAGCUGGUUACUUUCCAGGUUGUGACCCUGAUUGCUUUUAUUGUGCACACCUACCCAAUGGUUGUGAGAAUCUGAAAAUAGGAAUUCAAAAGUGGAUGGAUCGUCGUAUCAUUAUGUUUGAGAGGCUCCCUUCUAUGGACGAUUUAUGCGAAGUUUUUGCAAAUGGGAUGAGAAUAGAGGACGUCUCAGUGGUUUCUAACAUACCAUUGAAAAUCCCUACCAAAACCCCUUUCAAAAUUUCUGCUGCACCCAAAGUGGCAUCGGUAAUCAUUACCAGUCCGGCUCCAUUUCCAUACUCCUCAGACAAAACUGUCCCGUGGAGUUAUGGCACUAAUGUUUAUGUCCAUGGAGUUAAGCAAGACACCUUGACUGAAGAGGCCAUGAAUUUUACUACUCCAACUGUUGAUAAUAUUGUGGGUACUAGUAAGAUUACGAGAAGUGGAAGGAUCUUUUCACCAGAAAUUUCUCCAAAUGUUGCUACUAAUUCAGUCCAGGUCCCAGUUCCUAAUCAAGAUAUCAACGCUCGAGGCAAAGAGCCAUUAGUUGAACCAGUUCAAGUACCGGUGGAAACCACUGUUGAAGAUCCGUCGAAGCAAGAAAUGGAGGAAAUAUUGAAAAUCAUCUGCAAAAGUGAUUACAAUAUUGUCGAACAACUGGGGCACACUGCUUCAAAGAUUUCAAUGUUGUCUUUGCUAAAAUAUUCAGAGGCUCAUGCCAAGGCCCUGAUGAAGUUCCUGAAAGCUGCACAUGUACCACAGGAGAUUUCAGUCGAUCAAUUUGAAAAUUGUGUUACCAGUCUAACAGUGAACAAUGGUCUCGGUUUCUCUGAUGCUGAUUUAACCCCUGCUGGGAAAAAUCACAAUAAAGCCCUGCACAUCUCCAUUGAAUGUAACGGCACCACUUUGUCUCAUGUGCUGGUGGACAACGGUUCCUCUUUGAACGUGUUACCAAAAGCAGUACUGGAAAAACUUGACUUCGAAGGAGUUGUGUUACAACCAAGCGAUGUUGUGGUAAGAGCCUUCGACGGGUCAACAAGAACAGUGUAUGGAAAAGUGAAGCUCCCAAUCAGAGUGGGCUCUCAGAUCUUUGAUUCUACCUUUUACGUAAUGGAAAUUCACCCAGCAUAUUCCUGUUUACUAGGACGCCCUUGGAUACAUGGGGCAAAUGCUGUAACUUCUACCCUGCAUCAGAAGUUAAAGUAUCCGGUAAAAGGCAAGAUCGUCACAGUUUAUGGCGAAGAAGAGUAUGUGGUUAGCCACCUGAGCAACUCCAAGUAUGUUGAGAUGGAUGGAGAAUUCAUCGAAACUCCCUGCCAAUCUUUUGAGGUGGUCCCUCCAGAUGUCUCUACUGCCAAACAUAUCUCUGUUACUCCUGCUACAAAAGUAACUCCAACUAUGGCUUCUCUCAAAGAUGCCAAAGCUGUGAUCGAAGAAGGUGGUUGCACAGUAUGGGGACAGCUCCUCGAUGUACCUUACACGUUCGAUAAGCUAGGCCUGGGCUAUGCUAAUAGAAAUCAGAAGAACGAUCAAAGUCCUCGUUCUGGAGGAUCAAUGUCACAUUUCAUCAGCCAAGGAGUGAACGCUAUUGAAGACGAUGGAGUGAUCUUGAACCAUAUUCCACCUGUUUCCAUGGAAGUUUGGGAUACUUUGGGAGAACCAAGCGGCGGGUAUGAUUUUCUAGUAAAGUACACUGCACCUCAGAGUUAUUUUAUUACCAUGGAAGACAUUACCCCAACUGGAUGGGGUGAUCAGUUUGAAGAUUGCAAAAGUUUCACAAGUUCCAUCGUUGAGCAAUAUCAAAGUCCACCUAGUCCAAAAGAAGUCUGGGAUACACUAGGAGAACCAAGUGGCAUGUAUGACUUUAUGGUGAAGUAUUCUGCUCCCCUGAGCUCGCAGAUUGCUAUUAAAGACAUCACCCCAACUGGAUGGGACAACCAUUUCGAAGACAAUAUGACAUUCACAAGCCCUGUCGCUUUUGAAGAAGUCUAGG